GUUGACGAUUGCAACCGAUUUUUAACAUCUAUUUACUCUACUUUAAAUUAAUGGCAUUGAAUGGAAAUAUAAUGAAUAGAAAUCAUGGCGAGAAACUCUGACGAACGAUUUAUCAAAACAUGAGACCUCCCACGAAAUUCCGCGUGAAAUCGACAGAAUUGUCUCAUUUUAAAGCGCUGGUCAUAUUCGUGUUUGCAGUAUAUGGAGUCCUUAUUCCGCUCUGGUUUGCUUUCCAUGGCAACAAACUUCUUGGAAACAACGAUCAGUGGAGACGAAUGGUGAUAACAUCGACUUCCACAAGAAUUGCUCGCUCGCAAAUUAAAGAAAAUGGAUAUUUUGAUGCGAAAAAGAAUCUUGGUGGAAAGUCGUCUAAGAACGAGAAAUAUUUAGGGAAAAAAACGAAGAAUGAUUUGUUGAAACAUCGGACAAAGAGACCGCCAACUUUACCAAAACCGAUACACAGUUUUUACCUUUGGCCCAUGUUUAUGCCACCACAACAACCUCGUCGGAAGUUUGUUCAUCGUUACUCAGGAAGAUUGCUCUCAAUGAAGUGGGAACAUUUAUGUUGUCAGACAAUCAACUGUUUACGAAAGUUUCCGCUCUUUCCGCUCCUGCCAAGCAAGAAGAAGUUCAUACGGAGAUUGAAGUUCUCAGACAGCGGCAAAAUGUACGGGCAACGAAUAACAGGACUGCUGAUGCCGCCAGAGAGCGGGAGCUACGCUAUUUACAUAAAAUGUUUAUCUACGUGUGAAUUUUGGUUAAGUGAUAAUGAAUAUCCGCUUUACACCAGACUGAAAAAGAAAAUUGUCAGCGGUAUCCCAGUGGGGCAUGAUAUGAAAGCUAACAACUCAGACAGCAGGUCUCCAUAUUUCAAAGUACGACUGGAGGUUGGUCGAGCAUAUUUCAUGGAUUUCUUACUAACAGUUUAUCGUUAUAUGAAACGACCGUUUGAGAUAUCGUGGAAGCUACCAAGUAAAAACACGUUUAUACCUAUGACACAGGAAUUCUUCAUGGGAUUUCAGAAGAAGCCUGAAUCAAUGACCAGCGUACUUCAACUCCAUGCAUACUCGCCUAGUGUCAAGCUGUCGUCAUAUUUGGAGUCCAUUGAAGAACGUGGUGAGGAUGACGAUGACUUUACCAUUCUUGGCGGGAAAACUGAUCUCACGACGAAUUACACGUUUUUGGAUGGCCAAGGAAAUCAAAUUGUUGUUAACAUGAGUUUCAAAGAUGACCAUCUCUUCUUUAAAAACAACAAGAGCGGUUUAUCGUUCAAGGAAUGCUCCCAAAAGCCUUUGUUUGUGAGAAACAAAACGUUAUCCAAACACGCUGGCGUGUGGAAGACGUCCUUCUCUUCGGUGUUCCCAGGGGAUACAACGGGACACAUGAUGUGCAUUGGGAAUCGUUAUCCAGUGGAUUGUCAAGGAAAUAGAGUGAUGUCACAUGAAACUGUCUCAAAGGUUCUUACUUACUACAGUGAAGCACUACGUGACUCUAAUAUCAGAACCAAAGGUGACUUGAAGAUGCAUCGUUUGGUUAGCAUCAAAGAGAAACGCGACAGAAGAAACGGCUCGUUGAUAUUAAUGGAUGCUAUCAUAAAAGGUCCUGGUACAAAUUCAACAUAUUAUGACUCACAAUACUUUUACCUUGACAAGUCUCUUUCUACGAUAUGCCAACCGCCUGGAUACAUAGUAGGUCGUGACGUGACCGUUAACAUCAUCGUGGUUGCCAAGCGACAGACAAGAUGGUUACGUCACUUUCUCGUCAACAUGGAGAGAAUAUACGUAAAGACAAAUGAUAAGCACAUUAAUGUAAUUAUUGCGAAAUAUGGCCAUGAUGAUGAAGAACUUAUGGAAGAAUAUAAAAGAAGUCGAUUACCGAGCAUUCGUACAGUACGUCACCGUGGUGCGUUUGAUAAACGAAAGGCUAUACGUUUAGCAACAAAAAAGAUCAAAGAUAAAAACAGCAUCAUCUUUCUAAUGGACCUUCAUAUAAUUAUUCCUGAUACAAUCAUCCAACUUGUGAGAAAGUAUACGAUACAAGGUCAGAUGGUAUUCAACCCAGUUCUCUUUCGUUUAUCGCACUGUGGCAGUCCUGCUUCAUCGAAAAACCCACCCAGAGGAUUCUGGGAGACAUUUGGAUAUGGAAUCAUGGGAAUCUACAAAUCUGAUUGGGAUAAACUAGGUAAAUUACGUACAAAGAAGUACAAAAAAGGCUGGGGCGGGGAAGAUUGGGAACUACUGGACCGCGUCCUCACAUCUGGUCUUGCAGUACAGCGGUUUCGCGUGCGUAAUUUCUAUCAUUUUCAUCAUUCAAAAAAGGGAUUGUGGAAUUAAUCUUAAAAAAUAGUCACCAAUUAAU